AUGUCCAUGAACACAGACGACCAAUAUCUUGAGCUCGAAGGUGGUGGCGACGAUGAUGAUCAUAAUGAUGUUCUCUUCGCCGACAUUAGGAGACAGAUUUUGCUUCUGACAGCAGACGAGGAUGAAGAUGUCGAUGUCCACAAAGACAAACAGAGAAACUCCAUUAGCCCUGUCAGAAGAAGCUCAAGCAGCUUGGCUGCUGUACUGCAACCUGGAAGCUAUUUCAACUGGUGGGAAAAGGACAACACCAAUACAGUGCCGGCAUGGCUUGUGAGCUUGUGGAGAUCAAACAAUGGCAAUGGAACAGGGGUGUUUAUCCCUCAGAUAGUCCGAUCCAGAAGACAUUAUAAGCCAGCUGGAAGGAUGAAUAGUCAGAGAAGAGUAUACAAGCGAGUGGAGAACAAAUACUCAUGAACAUGAAGCUACAUGUUUUCAAGGAAGUAUA